AUGCCUCUUCGAAAAGACGCGCCCCAGCUCCAAGUCCCAACUUUGCCUGUCUUCCCAUUAUCAUCGCCAAUCAGUGAGGAGAUUUCAAGUCCGUCAUGCUCUUCCGCAGACGAUAAAGAGCUGGAACGAACUCGCCCAUUUGACUUCAUGGUCAAGGCCACAAAGCAACGAGCCGAGACGAAAGUGCGACAAGAUGGCAACAGUCACCGCACUUCGCCAAAACUUUCGCACCGAGCUCGAUCAGAUUCGGGCUCCAAACGGCAUAGUAUCCGGGGAAUUACAAAAUCCAAGAAGCAUGCAGCAGCGAAACCGGUGGGAUUGAACUUGGUGACGGACUUUUCUUUGGCCGCGCCACCGCAGCCGAAGAAGUACAAGAUGGUAGACGAGUGUGCACCCUUUGUGGAUCUCAAUGAUCUCAAGGCACUCUCGGAUCAUCGUGCGAGACAACGGUUUGAUCAGUCUACUGAGUCCGAAACGAUGUCAAGGAGUAGGGACGGCUUUUUAGGGGCAUUCUCGAACAUGUCGAAGAAACCGGACUCCUAUCGUCAAAUUUCCGACGAAACUCAACGUUUGGAGAACGAGAGGACAAAGAACCGAAACCCCUUCUUGAACCCUGACAGCGAGGAUGCUCUUGGGGAUAGGAUAGACAGUGGUCUCUCGCCUUCAGAUAGACACGUCUUGAUCGGGCUUUCAGUGCCUCGGAACGAGGCUUUUCAGUAUACCAAGGACUUGGACAGUGCUGGGGCUCCGAUGACUCCAACUAUUAUUGUAACACCUGCUAGAGAAGACGCCCCGUGGACAUCGUCAAGCCCGGAAUAUCUCCGGCCUCGCGCAACAUCCAGUAUCUACUCUCAGCCCACACCUCGACUCUGGCAGAACGGUCCAGAUGUCCCUCCAGUUCCGGCCAUUCCAACGGAGCAUACAAAGGAACUCACUCAAACGGGCACGUCGGCGCGAAUUCUCAAUGCCCACCUCGUUGCUAUGACCCGUCCUCGCCGAUCCAUGUCUGUGGAGACCGUCAUUGAAGACGACCUGUUUCAUGGGGAGAGUUCUUUGAUCUAUUCAGAUAGCGACGAUGGCGCCUCUUUCAACCGGUUCAGAGUGAAUACGCAAAGUUUGAGACCGGAAUCACAGGGCUGGUGGACAUAUCUGCUUUCACCACUCCUGGGGAAAAAGUCGCCUUUAAGUCCGUCAUUCCCUCGAAGCAAAGGACAAGGUCAAGGCCCAGAGUCAAAGGCACCAAGCCCCCAGGAAAUCCGCCAAGCUUGUGAAAAAGAAAUAUCCUGCUUUUCACCGGAGACGCCAGAGUCAGCACUCCCAACGCAGUGGCAAGAGAGCGAAAAUACUCCCCCUGAAAAAACUCGCUCUGUUGAAAACGACUCCAACACUGAGAAGGAUGCGUACUCUCUCAGGAGACAGACGACUGCUUCAAUGAUGUUUGCUGGUCGCUCUAUUCAAGGUGAAGCGGCAGAAUACUACCAGGCCUGUGCGCAUGAGUUGUUCAGCAAGACUCCGUAUUUCGAAUGCUUUAACCACGUCUGUUCUAUUACGCCUGAGCAUAUCGUUGCCGCGAGAUAUGCAGCCCAGUUCGACGCCGAUGAGGGAGAGACCCGUGAUCGUGGACUGAUUCUCGCCGAGGCCGGUAUUCAUGAGAAGGAGCAAGACAAAUCGCAACUACUUGACGGCAAUAGGGGCCUUUUGAUCGACGUCGACUCUCCAACGAUAGAGGAGAAAGAUGGGAAAGGCAGUAACAAGUUAGGCUCACCGUCUUCUGCUGCCUCAUCGGAUUCGUGGGCUUCUAGUCUCAGUGAUGACGACAGUGAUGUGGUUGAAAGGGAAAAAUCCGUGUCUUCCACGCCGCAGAACAAAGCACCAGAGGCGACUCGAGAUCCCUUUGACGAGCGCAAGGCUGAGACACCUCCUCAGAUCGCUGAGCCGGUUCCUGAAUCGUCUCCAGCAGCGGCGACUGCUACGCUUGAGCCACCAAAGGCGACACCACCAGCACCUGCAGUCAUGCCAGAGCCGCCGGUGCCGAUACCCGCUCCAGCUCCUCAGUUUACCAAUACAAUAUCACCCCCAGCCAAUACCAUUCACAUCGAGCAGCAGCCUGCACCCACGGCUCCACCACCCAUAAUCAUUGAAAGAAACAACCCUUACUAUGGGGCCUUUUAUCCGCCAGUAUCUCAGCCAGCCCAGCCUGACCCUGUACCACAAGAGCAAUCUCGGAGUGUCGAACACGAUCUUCCAGCAGCAUCCGCUGAACAAGAUCGGCCGACGAAAGAGGAAGAGGCGAGAGGCACGCCAGGCAUCUUGACAAAACCGCGGCCAGUAAAUCCGGGAAAGCAAGAGAUUGAUCACGUUCCAAUUCCCGCUGCAUGUCUGAAUGAACCGAUAUCACCCGCCUUUCAACGCGCAGCCGGCGGGCCGGGAUCUAUUCCUAUGAGCUCAAUGAACAUGAACAAUGAUGUCUCUGCGCCAGCUCCCACGUACAGCCAGCAUCCGCGAGAUGAUGCCCUGCCCCAAUACAUGCUUCAUCCAGCACCCGGAGCGGCAAUCAUGAAUCCUACCGGCGAAAGAGGACCAGCAGAAGUGCGACGACAGAGGCACGAGCGCGAAGACGCAAUUGGGCGAAAGAUUGGCGGUUUCUGGCGUGGGAGAGGCUGUUUCAGUAAGAAGGGCUGCUUUGGUCGGUCAGGCCGUGAAGGUCGAACGAGACGUCGGUGGUACUUUGCCAUUUGCAUAUUCUUCCUUGCUAUCGUCAUAGUGGCCAUUGUGUUGGCCACAACACUGACCCGAAAGGGCGACACGACACCGGUUCAAUCGCAGUGGCUCAAUCUCACUGGCUAUCCACCCAUGCCAACGGGUAUUUCGACGGUUGCCGGGGCGGAGCCGCGAGUUGAGCAGCCGGGAUGCAUCAAGCCUUCGUCUCUGUGGAGUUGCGCAUUACCCAAAGGCCAACAACGCGAUAACAAGCCCUAUGCUGCGGAUGAGCCUAACUUUCGAAUGGAGAUACGCUUUCGAAAUGGCACGUAUCCCAAUAGUACAACAAUAGCUUCGUCCUCGGAGCGGGCCAUUCGCCGCAGAGAUGUCGACUCAUGGACGUCGUCGCCUGCGCCGCCGAGUACCACCGACCAGAUCUUUUUGGGCAAUACGACUGACGGGGUAUCGAUCCCUUACGAUGGCGAAAUAACACCUUUCUACAUUACUUUUCUAUCUUCUGUUCAAGUCACGCCCAACAGCCUCUUCCGCCGCUCCUCCUCCUCCUCCUCCAACGACACAUCCCUCUUCCCCAAUCUAACCACCGCAUUUCCUGCGCCAGCCGUCAACUCAGACGGCACCGCCGCCGCCGCAAUCCUCUACCCUCUGCCCGAAUCCCAGCCCAUCCGUCUCUACAACCGCGGCCAAGACACAGAACACUACGGUUUCUACACGUACUUUGACAAAUCCAUCUUCCUCGCCUCUCGCGCCCCUCUCAACGGCAGCGCCGACGAUCUCUCACCACUCGAUCAAAACGGCGGUUCAACUGAAUCCGACGCGGCCGUCCGCUGCACCUGGUCUCAGACCCGUUUCCUCGUACAAAUAUGGACCCGGUCAUCAAAAUUAGGAUACACUCUUCUAAGCCCAUCAAGUAAUAGCACAGCCCCAACCACCACGUCAACCGCGACAACACCUUCAUCUACAUCACCACACUCAUCGUCCUCCCCCUCCUCUUCAGCUACAAACUUCACCCGCCCCGGCUCAUUCCCCUACCCACUCACCAUAACAAUCGACCGACAUGGCGGCGCCCAAAGGCAAAAACUCGUUUACUGCUACAGCGUCGAAAGUGACCAGCACUACAAUAUCACGGAUCGUAAGCUACAGAUUGAAGACCGUGGGUUUGCGGGGACCUUGGUGAAUCCGGCUUCUGGGAUCUUUGAUAACGUUCCUGGAGCUGGAGCUGGAGCUGGAGCUCAGGGGCUGGGUACGCAUGGGUUUGGUGGGAUUGAUGGGGGGUCUGGAGGAUGUGCGUGCCAAUGGACGAAUUGGAUUGUGAGAUCCUGA